AUGGUUGACCCGAACGUAGCACGGUGGUUCGAGCAAGUAGAUAAAACCAGAAGGGGGCGCCUAAACGCGGCAGAAUUGCAAGAAGCCCUCAAGAAUAACAAUUACAGCAGCUUUGACAUAAACGUCGUCGCAGCAAUGAUAGAAAUGUUCGACAAAGACCGGACAAAGACAAUAAAUCUGAACGAGUUCAACGAGCUGUGGAAGUUUCUGGGCUCCUGGCGACAGUGCUUCGACCGGUUCGACAAUGACAGAUCCGGACAAAUCGACGCUGGCGAACUUAGCACUGCUCUUCAACAGCUGGGCUAUCGAUUCUCGCAGCACUUUGUCCCAGUUCUCAUGCAAAAGUUCGAUUACAGUGGAAGAGCUUCUCAUCUUCAAUUCGACGGUUUCGUCAUGGCUCUUAUAAAAAUCCAGCGUCUCACUACCGCCUUCCAGCCAUACGAUCGGCAGCGAAAUGGCACCGCGCAGUUCACUUACGAGCAGUUUUUGGCCACCGUCAUCCAAAACACAUAG